AUGGCGUCCUACAGUCCCACCCCGACGCAGGAGCCGUCCCCCGAGGCGGCGGCGGCCAACGGGGACGUGAAAUCAACCGGAUCCCAGGAGUCCAUGAAGCUGAAAAAGGAGAUCUCUCUUCUCAACGGCGUCUGCCUUAUCGUGGGCAAUAUGAUUGGCUCAGGAAUAUUCGUGUCGCCCAAAGGCGUGCUCAUGUACAGUGCCUCCUACGGGUUGUCGCUGGUAGUGUGGACCAUUGGGGGCAUCUUCUCCGUCUUUGGGGCUCUCUGCUACGCCGAGCUGGGUACCACAAUCACGAAAUCGGGGGCCAGCUACGCCUACAUCCUGGAGGCCUUCGGAGGUUUCCUCGCUUUUAUCCGUCUGUGGACGUCUCUUCUCAUCAUCGAACCUACCAGCCAGGCGGUCAUCGCCAUCACGUUCUCCAACUACAUGGUACAACCCAUCUUCCCCACCUGCAUCGCCCCCUACUCUGCAAACCGCCUGCUUGCCGCAGCUUGCAUCUGUUUGCUGACCUUUGUGAACUGCGCCUACGUAAAAUGGGGCACAAGAGUUCAAGACAUCUUCACCUACGCCAAGGUCAUUGCUCUCAUCGCUGUCAUCAUUACAGGCCUCGUCAAGAUAUUCCAGGGUCACUCUCAGAACUUUGACAGGAUGUUUGAGGGCUCGUCCCAGGAUCCGGGAGAUGUGGCUCUGGCCCUUUAUUCUGCCCUCUUUUCUUACUCUGGCUGGGACACCCUCAACUUCGUCACCGAGGAGAUCAAAAACCCAGAGAGGAACCUGCCACUGUCCAUUGCCAUCUCCAUGCCCAUUGUCACUGUGAUCUACAUUCUGACCAAUGUGGCCUACUACGCAGUGUUGCCAAUGGCUGACAUUCUGGAUAGCGAUGCAGUCGCCGUGACAUUUGCUGACAAAGUGUUUGGGGUGUUUAACUGGACGAUUCCACUCGCUGUCGCACUUUCUUGCUUUGGAGGACUCAACGCGUCUAUCCUGGCUGCUUCAAGGCUGUUCUUCGUGGGCUCCAGAGAGGGCCAUCUCCCAGACUCCCUCUGCAUGAUUCACAUCAGCCGUUUCACCCCCAUCCCUGCCCUCCUCUUCAAUGGUGCCAUGGCACUGGUGUACCUUUGUGUGGAGGACAUCUUUAAACUUAUUAACUACUACAGCUUCAGCUACUGGUUCUUUGUGGGCUUAUCCAUUCUUGGCCAGCUUUACCUGCGUUGGAAGCAGCCAGACAGACACCGGCCAUUAAAGCUGAGUCUCUUCUUCCCAGUGGUCUUCUGCUUACUCACAGUGUUCCUGGUGGUAGUGCCCCUCUACAGUGACACCAUCAACUCUCUGAUUGGCAUUGGAAUUGCCCUAUCAGGGGUACCCGUCUACUUCCUGUGCUGCUACACUCCUGCCCACCGUAGGCCAAUGUGGCUUCGCAAGGCUAUCGCAUCCUGUGGUGUGUUUAUUCAGAAGGUAUGCUACUGUGUACUCACAGAGAUGGACGCUGAUGGGGAAAAGACUGAAUAAAGAGAAA